AUGGGACAUGACACUCUGUAUCCUACUACAUUAGGAGAAAUCCAUCUCCCUGGUUCUGAUCUGUCCCUGCCGGCGCUGCCUGGGAUGGAAUAUCCUGAUCCACAGGGCUCUGGCCUAACGGUCCCCAUCCUGGGGGCUCAGAUGGACCCCGUGUCAGGACUCACUGUCCCCCUGGCUGGAACCAUGGAGGACCCAGAUGGCAAAGGUGAUUGGUUGAUUGAUGGAUGGAUGGAUGGACUGACUGAUUUCCUGAUACGGAAGUAUAUUUAAUGUUUUUGAUGUAUUUGAUUGCCAUACAUUUAUAGUACAGUGGGCUCCAUAAUUACUGGCACCCCUGACUAGCAAUGCACAAACAAACAAUACAAAUAUAAACAAUAUAAUUAUAGAGAUAAACUCAAAAUACCAACAUGUGAGAAAUACGGUACUUUAUUAAUGUUUCAAUGGAACCAACCAAAAUCAUACAAUUAUUUAAUACAAAAUAAAUGUCACAAAAAUCAAAAUACCAACAUGUGAGAAAUACUGUACUUUAUUAAUGUUUCAAUGGAACCAACCAAAAUCAUACAAUUAUUUAAUACAAAAUCAAGGUUUCAUAAUUAUUGGCACUCCUCAUUUAGUACUUAGUGCAACCACCUCUGGCAAGGAUAACAGCAUGGAGUCUUUUCCUGUAAUGUUUGACAAGGUUAAGGAAUACAUUUGGAGGGAUUUUGGACCAUUCCUCUAUGCAGGUCCUUUCAAGAUCCUUCACAUUCCUGGGUUUGCACUUAUCAACUGCCCUCUUCAACUCAGCCCACAGAUUUUCGAUUGGAUUGAGGUCCGGCGACUGAGAUGGCCAUGGCAGAACAUUGAUUUUGUUGUCACAGAACCAUUUCUGUGUGGAUCUUGAGGUAUGUUUUGGGUCAUUGUCUUGUUGGAAAGUCCACCUACGGCCAAGUCCCAGCCUUCUGGCAGAGGCAACCAGAUUGUCAGCCAAAAUUGCCUGAUACUUGGUGGAAUUCAUCAUGCCAUCAAUCUUAACCAGUGCCCCUGGACCUCUGGCAUUAACACAGCCCCAAAACAUCACUGACCCACCACCAUAUUUCACCGUGGGUAUGAGGUGCCUCUCCUUGUAUGCAUCUCUGUUUCGACGCCAAACAUGCCGAUGCUGUAUCUGACCAAAACGUUCAAUUUUGGUCUCAUCUGACCAGAGCACCUUCUUCCAGUCAUAAUUUUAAUGACCUUUCACAAACUCCAAGCGCUUGCGUCUGUGUCUUGGGGUCAGAAAGGGCUUUCUUCUGAAAACCCUUCCAAAGAGCCUGUGGCUGGGGAGGUGGCGUCUGAUGGUGCUUUUUGAAACCUGGUGACCCCAAGACGCCACCAAGGCCUGCAAUUCUUUCACAGUGAUUCUUGGGGAUUUUGUUGCUUCUCUCACCAUCCUCCUCCCUAUCCUGGGGGGCAAAAUGCAUUUGUGUCCUCUACCCGUGAGGUUUUCAACUGUUCCAUAUCUUUUAAAUUUUUUAAUAAUAGCCCUGACUGUGCUCAGUAGUAUAUUCAAAUCGUUUGUGGAUCUUCUUGUAGCCAUUAUCAGAUUUAUGAAGGUCUACGACCAUCUGUCUCUUUUGAACUGCCAGUUAUUUCGUUUUAUUCAUGGUGUUGGAUGACAAAGGGAUAUUGCAUGCAUGUUACCUCAUUUUUAGAUCCUAGUGAAACAGGAAAUGAUGUAAUGGCUCAAUAUAGUUCCUUAAGACUUAGAUAAACUUAAAUAAGUGGAAUUUAAUUCCUGGUUUAAUUUUGGUAGAUGUUAUUUUCAAUCAUCUUUAAGGGUGCCAUUCAUUGUGCAACCUUGAUUUGGAGGACAUUGAUUUUUAAUUAAAUCAAUAAAUGAUUUUGGUGGGAUCCAUUGGAACAUUAAUAUAGUACAGUAUUCCUCACAUGUUGGUAUUUUCAGUUUUUCUCUAUAAUUAUAUAUUUUUUACAUUUUUCUAAGUAUUGUUUGUGCAUUGCCAGUCAGGGGUGUCAGUAAUUUUGGAGCCCACUGUAUAUCAGUAUUUCUGUGCUACUGUAUGUUGUUCGACAGGACUGGUUGCGAUUCGUUUCGGGGCCCUGACAGUGGACCCUGUAACAGGGGUAUUGGCUCCUGUUGUGGGGGUUCGCCUGGAUGUGCCCAGACAGACUGCUGUGCCUGUUACUGCUUCAUACUGCCUGGCUCUGGGAGAUAAUACCGACAGUGUGCUGGUAAGGAAGAUAAAUUACACUGGCUACUUUUCUUUUCAACACGUUUAACAUGUUGCCAAAAUGACAGGUUAAGCACACAAGGUGGCUCCAACAUGUUGCGUUUUGAUUGUUUUUCAGUCCCUUCUUCAAACAGCGAACAUAAUCAACACAUAGUGAUUGAGUUCCAUAGUAUAAAUCACGCGGGUCUCUUUUUGACUUGUUGUGCAUGCCAGCUGGAGGCCCUGCAGGAGGAGCGGUGUCUGAGGAACAGGUACUGGAAGCAGGAGAAACAGAAGGAGGAGGAGCUUCUAGCGGAUCUGGAUGCAGCUCUGCAGCACUGUAUCCUUGUGGCCACUCAGGAGGACUCUGAGCAGGUAAACUGAACUAGGCUGGGAUGGAUGGGGCUGCUCAGUCCUCAACAAACAGGAAAGGAUUUCUCUUAUGCUGAAUUGUUUGAAUGCAUACAUAUCAUUUUGGUUUAUGUUAAUCUCCCUAGUGGCGUUACUGUAUAAUGGAGAUCCUUAUCCAUUCUUUGUUUGUUUGUGUGUGUGUGUUAAUGUUUGUGUGUGUGUGUGUGUGGACAUGCCUGUGUGAGUGUGAGUGUGUGUGUGUGUGUGUGUGUGUGCACUGUAGGCCCACUGGGUGGACACCGAGAGGCAGCUGAGGGAGGCUGCAGCGGAGCUUCAGGAGUCUGGCCAGUCAGAAGCCCAGAGGAGAGCGUCCCAGCUCUCAGACCUGUCUCUACUCCUGCCUCCUCACGUUCUGCUCAUCCUCACUCAAGGUAUAGCAAGUCUGGCAUAACUUCAGUUAAUCGUUAGAGAGUGGAUUUGGAUAUGCUUAUCCAUAGCUCAAAGUUACAUUGUAAUAUACUUUUGAUUGCAUAUUAGGCUACCUUGUGAUGUGUGUGUGUGUUCACACGUGUCCGUGUGUCUUUUUUUUCUCCAAAUAUAUAUUUUAUGGAUUUUCACUUUAUUUAGAAUAAGGAAUUCAGAGGGGGAGAGUAACAGUGGAAAAAGUGGUGGCUGGGAUUGAGCCCCGGUCUCCGGUAGGGAAAUGUGGCUUAUGCUGUGUUACCAGUACACCACUCUGCACGUGUCUGUGUCUGUCUUACUGUGUUUAGGUGAUGAUAAGGAGUGGGAGCAGCAGUGCUGCUGGCAGACAGAGCUGGUGGCUGGCCUGGACAGGGUGAACGUGUGUGUGGAGAAACUGCAGCAGGACCAUGAGAGAUGGACAGCACAGAGGGGAGAGCAGACGGCAUCAAUCCAUGUCAUGGUCAGAUCUAGCAUAGUUCAAUCCGAUUACGCAGACAUGUAGAUUAAGUAAACAUUAAAAUAUAUUUCGUUUUUCUAGUGAACAAGCUUUUUAGUCUAGGACUAGGCUUAAUCUUUAUCCGGGAAACCGUCCCCUACAAUCCAUCUUCACGGUAAAGGGAUAAACAUUCUAGGGCCGGUUUCCCGGACAAAGAUUAAGCCUAGUCCUAGACUAAAAAGCUUGUUCACUAGAAAAACGAAAUAUAUUUUUUUCCCUAUUCUUAAUCUGUGUCAUGGAAACCGGCCCUAGAAUGUUUAUCCCUUUACCGUGAAGAUGGAUUGUAGGGGACGGUUUCCCGGACAAAGAUUAAGCCUAGUCCUAGACUAAAAAGCUUGUUCACUAGAAAAACGAAAUAUAUUUUUUCCCCUAUUCUUAAUCUGUGUCAUGCAACCGGCCCUAGAAUGUUUAUCCCUUUACCGUGAAGAUGGAUUGUAUAAUUUAUUAAGGGGAGUAGGAUCGUAUUCUGCAGAUGAAUGCAUGUUAAUGCACAGUAAAUGAAUGUGUCACAAUGACUCAAAAAUGAGGGUGUGUUGUUUUGAGGCUCUGUUGUAUGUCUCCCAGGAUGGGAAACUGAGACAGAGAGAAAUAUGGGAGCAGCUAAACUCCAGGCAGGCUGAACUAAAUGCUGCUCUUAUAGCGCUGCACUGUGUCCGAGAACUCUGCCAGCUCCGCGCAGAAACUGCGCAGGUAAGCACACGCAGAAAGCAAUACAUCUAAUGCUUCAGAAUUGAACUAUCUUUAAAGAGAUAAUUUACGCAAAAGUACUAACUUUAUUUUCCACUUAACUUGGCUGUUGUCAAUAAUACCCAGACCAUUUAAAAGUGUUUAUUUGAGAUACCAGUGCCAUGGGUAUCAUAAGUGGAAAAUCAUGUACAGUGAGCUCCAAAAGUAUUGGGACAUUGACAAAUGUUUUGUUGUUUUGGCUCUGUACUUCAGAACUUUGGAUUUGAAAUGAUACAAUGACUAUGAGGUUAAAGUGCAGACUAUUUUCAUCCAUAUCGGGUGAACCGUUUAGAAAUUACAUUACGUUUUGUACAUAGUCCCCCUAUUUUAGGGGACCAAAAUAAUUGGGUAUUAAAGUAGUAAAGAGUUAUGUAUUUGGUCCAGUAUUCCUAGCACGCAAUGACUACAUCAAGCUUGUGACCCUACAAAUUGGUUGGAUGUAUUUGCUGUUUGUUUUGGUUGUGUUUCAGAUGAUUUUGUGCCCAAUAGAAAUGAAUGGUAAAUAAUGUAUUGUGUCAUUUUGGAGUCACUUUUAUUGUAAAUAAGAAUAGAAUAUGUUUCUAAACACUUCUACAGUAAUGUGGAUGCUACCAUGAUUACGGAUAAUCCUGAAUGAAUCCUGAAUAAUGAUGAGUGAGAAAGUUACAGAAGCACAAAUAAGUGCAUUUUUCCCAAUACUUUUUGGGGGACAAUGUACAAAACGUUCUGUCAUUUCUAAACGGUUCACCUGAUAUAGAUUAACUUUAACUUUAGCCAAAUAGUCAUUGUAUCAUUUCACAAACAAUUGUUCACUGUCCCAAUACUUUUGGAGCUCACUGUAUAUUUGUUAUUGAAUAAACUAUCCAUUUAAUAUAGUUGACUAGUGUUGCUAUUGAGCGUAUCUUUCUAUCCAGUCUGUGUUAUCAGGUUCCUUCUGGUACAAGGAGUUUGGGCUGGCCAGGCCAACGGUCCCCAGUAACCCACUGAAGGUGGUGUCGUUGACCCAGCAGAAAGCCGUGCCUCUCCUGGAGCGCCUCAUUCAGCUACUGGAGGAGAGCAAACAGCCAAGUUUCUCCCCGAGCACCUACUGCCAGCGCAUCUCUGGUACCUCAGCAGGUGUGAAGUUGGAUUUUUCUGUCUUUUUUUUUUCUGAUGAUAAGGAUAUUGUUUCCAUAGCUUUUUUUGUCAAAUAUUUGUUCGUAGGUUUGUCAACAAAACAGACAUUUGGAUUGGAGACAUGUUCUCGUGCAUGGACCGAGUCAGUGCCUGUGGUGAAAGGUAGGCACAAUAGACGGUGGCCCUAGUGGGUCAGAUGGCUCACUUGGUUGGAGCAUGGUACCGGCAACACUGGUGUUGUAGGUUGGCACAGAAAGACUUAAAUGAUCACACUAUUCUAUGUGAUAGAACCAUUCAACUGCGGUUGCUCGUUGUUCAUAGCACUGCCUUAUCUAGUAAAAAGGGAUCCAUUUUCUAUGAGUUUCUGUCGUUAACAGUGAGAGAUAUCUAUGCAGGAAUCUCCACCCAGUCUCUGAGAGACCCAAUGAAGGCUCAGCCUCAGGACCAGGAUUCUAAGGGCCUCGGUGUCCCACAGCCCAGUCCUCCUCACUCACAGACAGCUCACAGAACGACUGCAAUCUCUGACAUACACUCACAAGGUAAGAUUAAUUGAUUCAUUUAUUCAUUAAUUAAUGACCUUUACUUCAUCAUAGGCUCUGCUGAUCAUAUUUAUGAAGAGUCCUAAUGAUGUCUCAUUCCUUCACAGAGGGCCAGCCUAUGAAAGAAUCUGUUCAGCCGUCACAUGUCUGUGUCCCCACACUGUCAGGUAAAGAACAACAUUGAAAUGGGCUGUUUAUUACAAAAUAAAGAUUGAAUAUGACUAUUAUUUUGUUUCCACUAUGACUGUGUGCAGAGAAAUUGUAAUCUCAUCUCGUUUCAAUUCUACUCAAGUGCUUUGACUAUGUCUCUACCUUGUGGGCAACACAUUAAUUGCAUAUAGUAUUUGGACAUGAAUACCAGAAGUUCCCAGGGAAGAUCACAAGGAUGACUUGUUGUAAAUGUAGCCCUGAUAUAAGUUAUGAGUGUCUCAUAAUGGCAUGUCAAUGUUUAUGUGUGACCUGCUAUGUGUGUACAGUAUGUGUCUGUGAUGAUGUUUCCCAUACAGAGGAGGAGUGGGAUAAAUUGCUGGAGCUCUCCCCACUCUUCCAGCUGCUAAAGGGUGUGGAGAGGAAGCUCAGGGGCCUGGCGCGAGAUGCAGGACUUUUGAGGGGGGAGCUCGACGGUGGGUUACACAAUAGUCUGUAUAGUCAAAUGCACAUCACGAAUGUCCUGUGAUGUGUUUGGGCCGAAGACUUGUAGAGAUUACAGAGGACCCACACACACACGAUUGCUCCACCACAUACUGCAAUAUAUAAUAACCAAACAAUACACAAUAACAAACAAAACAACAUUUAUUUUUAUAUGUACUUCUCUUGUUACCAAAUAGUUUGUUCCAAAACCCCCAAAAGAGGAAGGCAAGAAUGACACUGGCAUGGAGAAAGUCCUUUGGGAGGAAAACUAUUCAAGAGAACAAGACCUUAGAGGGGGAGCUCAGUCACUGGGUGGUCAGAAAAACAUGUGUUCUGACUAAGAACAUACUGUGCCACCUCAUUAAACUGAAAGGCUUUGUGAGGGACUCUUUCAGUCAGUCCUUGUUCAACACAAAUGUAAUAUCACACGGUAGCAGUUAAUAUUUGAGACCAACUCUGGCGUUCAAUAAGGAAACAAUAGGAAGAAGAACAUUUCAGAAACAGUAAAAGUCUAAACAGAGAAACGGGACAGGAAGGAAGACAGAUGGGAAGCUUCAUCAUGGGACUUAAGGCAGAAUGGGAAAGAUGCUUUAUUAAUGAAGUUGAGGUGAGAUUAGAUGUCAUUUUUGUGUGGAGCACUUUGAAACAAACUGUCAUGGUAUACAAAUAACUUAAUAUGCCAUUUAGCAGACGCUUUCAUCCAAAGCGACUUACAGUCAUGUGCGCAUACAUUUUUACGUAUGGGUGGUCCCGGGGAUCGAACCCACUACCCUGGCGUUACAAGCGCCAUGCUCUACCUUAUCUAAUUAUUAGAUAAGGAUUAUCAUCCACUACAUGUAGUUCAACUAGUAAUUUAACUACAUUUUGCAGUAGCUUGGUGGUAGUUGAACUAAAUUCAAAUGAAGUUAGUGUUUUCAGUAGUUAAUGACUUUUUUUGCCAUGUAGCGAUGUAGCUAGCUACUGGAACUACGUAAUCAUUUCCUUUCUUUUUCGGCAUCAGGCCUGCGUAAUUCUCACUUGAAUCAUUGUUUUUGUGUUUAAUAGGCUAAAUUACACAUUACAGUAUGUUACCAUAUGAACCCAAAGUGAUCUGUUCUUGCAAUUUGCAAUUUGUAGUCUAUGACAUUUUCGAUACAUAUGAUAAUUUUUCACUAAGUAGUUUAGAUGAAGUGAACUACUUUUUCAAAGUAACUUUAGUUAAGUAAAGUAUAUUUUUCAGAAGGGUAGCUUUAGUGUAGCUUAACUUCUUCCAGUGUGAAGUAAUUGGUAGCUUGGUAACUAUAUUUUCAGAGUUGCUUCCCAAACACUGACCAUCCAUCAUAAUCUAAUCACCCCACCACCACGGGAAAAAAGCAGCUAAAGUGUCUGACAUAGCAACAUAACACCACAGCUGCUUCUUAUCCUUCGAGGUUUCUCAACACCGUGAGUCAUUAUCCCCCUCCCUUUGGCGGUCUUUGUUUACAUUUACAUUUGAGUCAUUUAGCCGACGCUCUUAUCCAGAGAGACUUACAGUUAGUGCAUUCAUCUUAAGAUGGCUAGGUGAGACAAUGUGAAAAAUCCAUAGAGUCCAUAAUAAUAUAUGUUUUUUUCAGUCUGACUAUGAAAUUAGUCACGAAAUUACACAACAAAAAUGCAACCAAAAAAGGCCAAACCGGACCACUUGUUCAGGGAAAAUCUCAACCAGCUGUGGUUGUGAAGGAACUAGAAAAAUAUCUGAAUCAAAGUGAAAACAAGCAAAAGACAAAAGUAGUGAGGACAAAAUAGCCGUUGCCAAAAAGACAAUCCCCUGUUAACGACUGCUUUGGUGCUUUGGUAAUUAUUACCAAAUGUCCCACCCACAACACUCAAUACAACUUUACUUGACCUAAAAUGUAUACUUUCAAUUGUGAUAAUACACAGCCUUUGAGAGUUCCUAGACUACUUGUGCUACGUGAAGUGUGAAUAGGAAACCCAGCAAGCAGAACUGGUCAACUGGAUUUAUGGAUUGUUUCUGUAUUUCAGGCAGAGGGACCUCUUUUAUUGACUAUCUGGAUGCACAGUGGGAGUGUGAAGGAGAGCUGCGCCUUCUCGACCCAGAUAGUCUUAAUCCCAGAGAGUUCCUGGUCUACCAGCAUGGACUAUUCCUACUGCAAACACUACAUACUCUCAAACUGGUUAGUCACUCACCUUCUCUCCCACAUACUGAGAGAGGUUAGUGAUGGGUCAUAGUUCAAAGCAUUGUUCAACUCAUCUUUCCAGUCAAAAGGAGAUUAAUUCAUCAUUAAAUGUGAAAAGUAUUUUUCUUUGUCAGUGUGAAUGUUCUUAGCACCAAUUGUUAAUACUUUUCCUCUCAUAGACUCCAGCAGUGUCACUCCAGAUAGCAACUAGUCUUCCAUCCAAUAACUACAAAUACAACGCCUUCCGAAAUUCCUUCUUUUAUCAGGUGAUGUCCCAAUUUCCGCUGUGCGUGUGUGUGUGUUCGUGCAUUCAUGCAUGCGUGCAUGCGUGAGUGUGUGCUUAUAUGAGAGAGAGAGAGAGAGAGAGAGAGAGAGGGAGAUUACAUUUCUAUUUUGGAAAAAAAUAUGCAUUGGGGAACAGUGUGCAUGUUGUACAGAGAUAUGAUAAUCAACAUCAAUCAAAUCUAUUUCCCUUUAGGAUUGAAUGAUAGCUCUGAAUCUUGCAGUUUAGCUUCUGACAUUUGUGAUGUUAACAUGUGUGCCACAUCUGUUUGCUGCUAACUGAUGUCGUGUGUCAGUAGGAAGCUGAGCAGACAGUGUUUGUGCGUCGCCAGAGACUGCAGUCAGUGGGAGGAUUCUCUCUGCUCCUCUUGCACUGUCUGUCACACAUCGCUGUUGGGGAUAUGAGCGUCGACUCCAGUCCUACCUUCCAACGGGCUUUCUUCAAG